AUGAACAUUGCUAUUCCGGGAACUGUGUCGCGCAACGGCGGCGGAGUCAAGGACCCACGGCCCAUUAAGGAGAGGGCGUACCAGGCGAAGGCGCAGCAGAGGAUUAUCAGCUUUCUGUCCACACGCGGGUACCAGGGAAUCCUGACGCCCAAGACACUGGCGACGCCGACAGUCAAGGAGUUCCAGACGAUAUUCCGGUUCCUGUACGCGCAGCUGGAUCCGCGGUACGUGUAUGGGUAUCAGAAAAAGUUUGAAGACGAUGCGCUUCACAUUCUGCGCGGCAUCCACUACCCCUAUGUGGGCAAUAUCAGCAAGUCGCACAUCUACUCUGCCGGAUCCAUGUCGACGUGGCCCGGACUGCUGGCCAUGCUGCUGUGGAUGGUUGAGUUAAUUGAGUGCGUCACGCAGAUGAACCCGCAGGACAUUGAUAUCAACGACCCGGAGUUUAAGGACUCAGCGCAGUUUGUGGACCGUGUGUUUUUUGACUAUCUUUCGCAGGCGUACCCGGUCUGGCUGGACUCGGGCGAAGAGCCCGCCGAGCUCGAAUCCAUUCUGGCCAACCAGUUUGAGCAGAAGAACGCCAAUCUGAUCCAGGAGACCGCCGAGAUUGAGCGCCGCCUUGCCAAUGCCAAGACCGAGCUCGAGGCUCUGCAGAGCAACGAGUCGCCGCUCAUUCAGCUGGACCGCGAGCGUGUUGAGCUUAUCUCGGACAAGGUCAAGUUUGAGCAGUUUAUCCAGAAACUCGAGGGCAAGCGCCAGCGGAUGGCGGACUUUGUCGGCAACCAGAAGCAGGUGCACGAUGCGGCGCAAGUCGAGCAGAUGUCGUUGGAGAAGGAGAAGGCCGAGGUGAAGGUGAUCGUGGACGCGCAGCAGAUCAGCACCGAGGAUGUCGAUCGCAUGAACUCGGAGCGCAACCAGCUUCUGGAGACGCUCAAAGGUGUCCAGGAGAAGCUGCAGGAGGCAACCAACAUUGUUUGGGAUCGCGAGAUGCGGCUGCAGCGCGUUCUGGACGACGUCGAGACGUUGGGCCAGGACUAUGUUUCCAAGGCGCACAAGCUCGGACUUAUUGGCAACCGCAAGAGCGCAAUCAACAUGGCGUUUGUCCUGAAGGGGGCCGGCACCAACAACAGCGACGAGGAUAAGAUCACGUCGGUUGAUUUGCGCCGCCACGUGCGGCCGGCGCUUCAGCGCGCGUGCGACGUGUACGCCAGCCAGCUGCAUGCCACGCAGUCAUCAGUGCUAGAGCUGCGCGAGAAGAUGGACCAGCUGAGCGAGUCGCGGAUGGAGCAAGAUGAGCGCGUCGAGGAGAUGGACAAGCAGGCGAAGCGGCACAACCAGCGGUACUACGCGCUGCGCGAGACCAUCAUGAACGAGACCCGUGCGGCAACUGCCCAGAUUGAGCAGCUGGAGGCUGACAUUGCGGCGAUGCGGCGGGACAUUUCGCAGGGCGAGCUUCAGUCAAAGGCUGCGUUGACACAUGCCGAGGCCGAGUGGGAGAGCGUGCAGCGCGGUUGUCGCAUGCGCCGCGCAGAGAUUAAUGAAGACGUAGUGACUAUUCUAGAGGAUGUCGUACAGAUGCAAUAUCAUUCCCAGGACCGCCUGAAGGAGCUGCUGCAGUUAGUCUCUGAAGAUGCUGAAGCUGCUUCGAGCAACUAA